AUGGUAUCGAAAAAAAUAGAAAAUCAAAGAAGUCGAUCCCUAAGCUAUUACGAAAGUAAAAAUUAUUAUUUUAAGGAAUUUGGUGAAAAGAAUGGAAAUGGAGAUGGAAAUCGAGUCGUCGGUUGGGCUCAAUCAUUUGAAAAACUUUUGGAAGAUCCUUGUGGACUCAACGCUUUUGCUGAAUUUUUAAAAAAAGAAUUCAGUCAAGAGAACAUAACGUUUUGGAUUUCUUGCGAAAAAUACAAAUGUUUGGAAGAUGAUGACGUUCUUAGGAAAAAACUCGCUGGAGAAAUAUUCGAAACUCAUUUGGGACCGGGAGCCACGGAACCUGUCAACAUAGAUGCACACGCACAUCAAUACACUCAAGACAAACUUUUGGAGGCUCCCAUCGAUUUAUUCGUACCCGCACAAAAGCAAAUAUUCAAUUUGAUGAAAUUCGACAGUUAUCCGAGAUUUAUUAAAUCCGAUUUGUACAAGGAAUGCCUUUUGAAAGAUUUAUCCAACGAAGACCUCCCAUAUUCGAACAAUUUGAACCUUCCGCCUAAUAUCCCUUCGUCGAAUAUCGAAAACACUCCGAGUCGGGGUAAAUUGAAAAAAUCGAGGAGCGAUGCCGAAGACUGCAGUAGAAAAUCAUUGCUUCCGUGGCAUAAGAAAAAUCGUUCGAAAUCGAAAGAUAGAGGAGAAUCAGAGUAUAAAUUAUCCACCCUGGAACAAAAGGGAGGAAACGAGGAUGUUUUUUCCGUUAGAAGCGAAUUAACUAGCAGUCGUUCGAGUUUAGCGUCUUGGGAUUUAGCAUUGAGGGGAUCUUUCAGCAGACAGUCCAUAACGUCCGGAGAAGCUUCCGAAAGGGAAAAUUGUCAAUUAUGCCGUGUUAUUCUUUCUGAUGGUGCCACGACGGUUGUCAGGGUUCGUCCAAAGGAAACAAUUAGAGAACUCAUACACAGGCUGCUGGAAAAACGUGGAUUAAAUUUUAGUUCGUUCGAACUUUUUACGACGGGAUCUUCGAAACCUUUGGCGUUAGACGAAGAAGCGACAACUCUUAGCAACAAGGAAGUUCGUGUCGAUCAACGUGUCGUUUUCAAAUUAGAUUUACCCAAUCGUAGAACCGUUAGUGUCAAAGCUAAAAUAACAAAAACUUUGGGUCAAGUUUUAAAAUCCGUUUUGCAAAAAUAUUCUUAUAAAUUGGAUGCCGUUACGAUUUGCUCGAUGAGUGAAAACGAGGUUGUCGAAUUAAAUUUACCCGUAACGGCUGUCGACGGUAGGCGUCUGACCGUUUUGACUCGAAGCUCGGAAUGUUGGAAAGGAGAAAAUCAAAUUUGUCAAAAUUCGAACGUUUUUUCAAAUAAAUCUUUCAUCAAAGCCGCUCCCACUCUCGACGAAAUCACAAACAAGGUUUUCGAAGAACUUCUUCAGGGAAAGUACGAAGACGUCGGAAAAUCCGAUCAGGGUUCGUUAAAAUCCGAAGAAUGGGGAUCGGAACAUUCUUCGGGAGUUUUUAGUAAAUUUUUAAGGAGAGAUUCGACUUUUCACGAUAAGAAUAAUAAGAAUAAAAAUCGAGAGGGAACGAGUAGGCAAAUAUUGGAAGGAGCUACCAAACACGUGGAAGGAGUCGUGUCAAUGGUGACGAGUAAACCUCCGUUGAUAGGAAAAUGGAAAUCUGUAAAUAAAUUGACUGGAAAAUCGGAAAGCGAUGAGUUGUACGAAGGACUCAAAAGAGCUCAAAGAAAUAGAUUGGAAGAUCAAAGAGGAACGGAAAUCAAUUUCGAACUCCCGGAUUUUUUAAAGGAUAAGGAAAACGCUCCACAAAGCGGUAAAAAAAUAAGAAAAUUUAGAAAAGAAGAUGGUACUACAACAACAACAACAACAACACCAACACCAAAAUUUUACGAAUCGGAUUUAUCACAAUUAGAAAAUCAACGUGAAAAUUCUCAAUUACAUAUAAAAAAUAGUUUAAAAAAUGAUAAGCACGAUCAUCAAACAGCAUGCGGUCAAUAUUUUUUAUUGAGCAAAACCAUAAGCAACAAUUGGAAACAAGGAGAAAUAAUAGGAAAGUUAGAUUUAUCAACCACAUCCGUUAGAAAAUCGGAUUACGCAGGAAGAACGAUAUCAAAGCCACUAACGUGUAAAACAUAUGAAACUCCCAAAACGACAACAAUAAAAACGGAAUUUACAGUUGAUACCGUUAAAACAAAUGACGUUAUAACAAACGGAUCGGAUGUAUCGAAUAAAAAAAAUUAUGGAAAAAACGAUCCUCCACCAUUACCGCCAAAACCAAAAUUUUUACCCACGAAAUUAUCAUCGAAAAUUAAUUGCGGUAAUAACAACAGCAGCAACAGCAACAACAGCAACGAAACCUCUUUGAGAAUCCCUCAAGAAAUAACAAAUAGAAAUACAAAUUUUUUAAAACCGAGUGAUAUUAAACGUGAAAAUGGUAAAAUAUUAAGAAAUCGUAGAACAGUUUAUUUAGAUCAACCGAGUAGCAGUUUUGUAUAG